AUGGAGUCUCUAGCCCGAAUUUUAGGCUUCUCAAAAGUUGUUUGUGUAGAUGCAUCUGGUUUGGCAGGGGGCUCUUGUUUAAUGUGGAAUACCAAUAUUGAUUUGGCGAUUAAUUACUUUGCUGAUGGUUUCUAUGAUGCUACUAUCUGGGACUAUCAAACUCAAUCUCACUGGAAAUUGUUUGCGGUAUAUGGCACUCCUUAUUCCAGUGCAAAGGAGGUCUUUAAGAAGUCUUUGGAAGAGGAAUGUUCUCACUGUAACUUGCCGUGGGUCCUUUUGGGGGAUUUGAAUUGUAUUCGUGGUCAAGAAGAAAAGGCUGGUGGUCGUUUAGUGACUCGUGCUGAAACUAAAUGGCUGAAUAAUUUUAUGCUCAAUAUUGGUGGGAUCGAUCUGCGCUUUAUUGGAAAUAAAUAUACGUGGGAAAAUAAAAGAUUCAAUGGAAGUCUCAUUAGGGAAAGAUUAGAUAGAGCAGUUUGCUCUUCUGAAUGGAUUUUGUCGUACGAGAAUGCUGGAACUCGCAAUCUUCCUAUAUCCAUCUCAAACCAUGCUCCUAUCAUCUUCGAUUCUCAUCUGUUUGCAGUGAGAGGCGAUAUUCCUUUUCGAUUCUUCGAAGCUUGGUCUUGGGAGGAGUCUUGUAAAAUGGAGAUUAUAAAAGCUUGGGGUUGUGCUGAUAGUAAUGCAACGGCCUCAUUCAUCCGCAAUAUAAACAGUUCUAAGAAGGCUCUUCAAAGGUGGAAGAAGACUGGACAAAUCACUAAUGAACAUGACAUCCAAAAGUUGGAAAAAAGACUGGAGUGGAUUCAACGUCAGCCUAUCUCCGAAACCUUAAAAGCUGAAGAAGCCAGUGUUCUCUUGCAAAUUCAAAUUGCUUGGUCAAAGCUAGAGUGUAUGUGGAGACAAAGAUCAAGAGAAUUAUGGCUAUCAUUGGGGGAUAGAAACACAAGAUUUUUCCAUGCAGCGACUGUCAUAAGGAAAAGACGGAAUAGCAUUUGGGCGAUCAAAGACAAAGAAGGAAGGAUUUGGAGGGAGAGGAAAUACAUUGGUGGUAUCAUCAAUAAUUACUUUCAGGAACUAUUUUCUUCCUCUCGUCCUAGCAUUGAUGAUUCUCUGGGAAGUUUGUUUGUUAACCGGAUUGAUGAUCAGUCCAAUGAGUUUAUCUCCAAAAUUCCUACAGAUGAGGAAAUCAAGGAAGCGGUCUUCAGCUUACACCUUCUAAAGGCACCGGGGCCAGAUGGUUUUUCGGGUUGUUUCUUCCGAAAAUAUUGGGAAGUUGUGGGAACAAGUCUGUGUGCUACAGUCAAGGAAUUCUUCCAGACAGGUGUAAUGGAUCCUAUUCUUAAUAAUACAUUCAUAUGCCUUAUACCGAAAGUAGAUUUUCCCCUUAGUGUGGAUCAGUUCCGUCCGAUCAGCUUAUGCAACUUCUCUUAUAAAGUCAUUGCAAAGAUCUUAUCAAAUAGGCUCAGACCUUUUAUGAACGACUUAAUAUCCCCUCUUCAAUCAGCCUUCAUCCCUGGUAGAUGGAUAGCAGAGUCUUCAAUUCUCACACAGGAGAUCAUUCACAAGAUUCGGCACAAGAGAGGCAACGGAGGGCUCAUGGCUUUAAAGCUAGACAUGCAUAAAGCCUAUGAUAAGAUGGAGUGGACUUUCUUGGAGAAAGUUCUUGUGGCAAAUGGUUUUAAUGACAGAAGUUGCAAGCUCUUGAUGGCAUGUGUUACAAGCGUCUCUUAUGCGGUGCUUCUCAAUGGAUGUCCUCUUAAGAAAUUGUAUCCUCAGAGACGUCUUCGUCAAGGAGAUCCACUCUCUCCUUUUCUGUUUCUUCUUUGCCAAGAGGUCCUUUCGAAACUUAUAUCAAAGACUGAGGUUCAAGGUUCCGUCCACGGCAUCAAGAUUGCACAAUCUGCAGCCCCGGUCUCUCAUCUUAUGUUUGCAGAUGAUACUAUUCUCUUCUCUCGUGCAAAUCCUUCCGAAGCAAAGAAAUUGAUGGAUUGUCUUUCAAUUUAUGAAGGUUGGUCAGGGCAAUCGUGUAGCAAACCGAAAUCGGGUGUUCUCUUUUCAAAGAACUUAAGCAAUGGCAUGAAGAACAUUAUCCUUGGUAUUCUCAACAUUGAGCAAGUAAGGGGAGAGGAAAGACAUUUAGGCAAUCCGUUUGUGUUUAAGAGAAGGAAAAAAGAGGAUUAUUUGCGAUUAAAGGAAAGUAUGUUGAAGAAAUUAGAAGGAUGGAAGAUGAAACUUAUGUCUUAUGCUGGAAGGCUAACGUUGAUCAAGUCAGUAACUUCAGCCAUGCCUGUAUAUGCUAUGUCUACAUCCAAAGUUCCUUUAGCUAGCUGCCGUGAAUUUGAUGCAUUGAUGAGGAAGUUUUGGUGGUCUGGAGGGGUGGAAAAGGAUCGGUUUCUUGCUUUAAAGGCUUGGGAGAAGAUCUGUCAACCUAAAGCAGCUGGUGGUUUGGGCUUAAGAAGGUGUGAAAAUAUGAAUAAAGCAUUGCUAACCAAAUUGGCGUGGAGUUUGGCAACAAAAGAAGAUAAGCCAUGGGUCACUUGUCUGUUAAAGAAAUAUUGCAAAUUUGAAUCCUUUUGGGAGGUGAAGAGCAAGUCUAGUGAUUCUUAUCUUUGGAAAUGUAUUUUGGAUACAAGGCCAACAAUCUCUAAGGGUUCAAUUUCGGUUGCUGCAACUGGGGCUUCAAUUAACUUUUGGCAUCAACCAUGGAUCCCAUGGAUGGAAUUACAAGAAUUUAUGACUCUAAUGCAUGAUUUAAGGAGUAGAGGAUACACCAUCAGAACUGUUGCAGAUGUUUCCUUGGGCAACGAGUGGAAUCCGGAGUUGAUUUUACAAAUCUUUGGCACAGAAAUGGGUAAUCGUAUCUUAUCUAUACCAAGAAUUCCUUCCCCAUUUAAAGACCAGGUGUUUUGGAAACAAUCUCAGAAUGGCCACUUCUCUGUAAAGACAGCUUAUAAUGUGGAUCAAUCUUGGAGGUUCGAACCUGUCAAAGAAAUUUGGAAAUGGAUUUGGGGGAGUGGUAUUCAUCCUAGAAAUUCAGUUCUGCUUUGGAGGAUUCUAAAUGAUGCGAUACCAACAAAAAGUCGACUGCACUUCUUGCCUGACAAAGUUUGCGACUUGUGUGAUGCUGGUAUUGAGAACCCUUUGCACCUGUUUUGUAGGUGUAAUUUCUCUAGGUCCAUAUGGUUUGGAGGCAGUAAGCACAUUAGGAUAGGGGAUAUCCUUGGAGAAACAUUAUCGGAAGUCUUGGAAAAUCUGAUGCUCCACUGCAAAGAUUUACCAGAUGGAAGGAAUAGAGUUGAGAUACUUAAUUAUACUGGUUGUAUUUUCUCUGCAAUUUGGCAUCAGCGGAACAAUUUCUACAUUCAAAAUGUGGUUGUCAAUCCUGAGAUGGCCUUGGCAAAGGCUGAAAAGGAGUUUUUGGAGAUGAAGUUGGUGUCUCGGCUUAACAAGGGAGGUCAGGAGAUGGGAAUUCAAUCCGAGGGAGGACUGACUAGGGAAGAGUCUUACCCCACAAUCAUUUCUUCUGCGAGACAUUGCCUAAUUACGGUUGCUUCAUGGAAAGGAGGGGACACAGGUAUUGCAGCAAUUGCAGUGGAUAUGGCUGCUGGGAAUUGGUUUGUCAAGACUCAACGAAUGCAGACUCAAUCAGCUCUUGAAGGUGAGUUCAGAGCCAUUUAUCUAGCCAUGUCCUGGGCGAUUGAGCAAGGCUAG